GUGGUGCGCCGCCAGCCAGCCAGGGAGAAGAGGAAAAAGCACCAUUCGAUUCGAUGCUGUGGCCGAUCAAGAGUAAAGACGUGAAGAAAGAAUAGUAGUGUAGUGUGUGAUAGGAAAGACAUAUUUUUCCUACAACAGAGCACAAGCAGCACCACACAGUUUUAGUUUUUCGGUUUCUUUAUAAUUUUUGUAGUAAUUCUACACAACGUUUCGCGAAUUGCUCGUAAAUCGAUUGGGUGUUCAAUUGCGGUGGCAUUUACUGCGUUUAUUUCCGGAAAACAUUCAGCUUUUUAGUGUCGGCUUAGUUUCGUAAGGUGGAUUUUUAAUUCAAAAUAAUGUUUUAUCCUCUGCAACCAACUUUCGAGGAUGGAGAGAUCGAACUUUCUCGUACGGAGAUGCUGGCUCAGGAUCCGAUGGUGGACAACAAACAUGCCCUCGCAGUGUCACUAGCGCGUUCAGAGAUGCUGGUCCAGGAUCCCAUGACAGACCACAAGCAAGCUCUCGCAAUGUCACUGGCGCGCUCGGAGAUACUCGUUCAGGAUCCCAUGACAGAACACAAGCAUCCCCUGGCAGUGUCACUUUCGCUAGGAAAUACAUUAAUCAAUCUGAACAAGAUCAAAUGCCCUCAGUGCAGAAAGCGUUUCGAUACGAUGGAAGAGAUGCAACAGCAUCGCACCAAACAUCUGACUGAAAACAAGUUUAAGUGCGAGAUCUGUGGCAAAGAAUUCCCCAGCCAUAGUUCAAUGUGGAAGCACACCAAGGCCCACACUGGCGACCGUCCAUUUGUAUGCCAGAUUUGUAAUAAGGGUUUUACACAGUUGGCUAAUCUGCAGCGGCACGAUCUGGUGCAUAACGGAUUGAAACCAUUCAAAUGUCCAAUUUGUGAAAAGUGCUUCACACAGCAGGCAAAUAUGUUAAAGCAUCAACUAUUGCAUACCGGGCUUAAACCUUACAAAUGUCCCGUUUGUCAGAAAGCAUUUUCGCAGCACGCCAACAUGAUCAAACAUCAGAUGCUACACACAGGUUUGAAGCCUUAUAAGUGUCCAGUGUGCCAAAAGGCCUUCACUCAACACGCCAACAUGGUUAAACAUCAGAUGCUUCAUACCGGCUUAAAACCUUAUAAAUGUCCUGUAUGUGACAAAGCAUUUACUCAACAAGCCAAUAUGGUUAAACAUCAGAUGCUUCAUACUGGAGUAAAACCUUACAAGUGUUCCACGUGUGGCAAGGCAUUUGCACAGCAGGCAAACAUGGUCAAGCAUCAGAUGCUUCAUACCGGAGUCAAACCGUACAAAUGUCCAACCUGUGGAAAAGCUUUUGCCCAGCAGGCGAACAUGAUGAAGCAUCAGAUGCUCCAUACCGGACUAAAACCAUACAAAUGUAGCACGUGCGGUAAAGCGUUCGCCCAACAAGCCAACAUGGUUAAGCAUCAGAUGCUUCAUACUGGUAUUAAACCGUACAAGUGCAGUACGUGUGGUAAAGCUUUUGCCCAGCAAGCGAACAUGGUCAAGCAUCAGAUGCUUCACACUGGAGUGAAACCCUACAAAUGCUCAGUGUGCGACAAAGCAUUCGCACAGCAAGCCAAUAUGGUCAAGCAUCAGAUGCUGCACAGCGGAAUUAAACCAUACAAAUGUCCCACUUGUGACAAGGCUUUUGCCCAGCAGGCUAACAUGGUCAAGCACCAAAUGCUGCACACUGGUGAAAAACCAUUCAAAUGCAAGAGCUGUGAUAAAGCAUUCUCGCAACGUGCCAAUCUUAAGAAGCAUGAGAUGGUGCAUCUCGGAAUUCGUCCGCACACAUGUCCACUGUGCUCCAAGUCGUACUCGCAAUAUUCGAAUCUGAAGAAACAUCUGUUGGUCCACCAGAAGCAGUCCAUGAAGCAGCAGCAACAAAAUGGCCAGGUUAUGAUGAUUCUGUACAAUUGUCAAACCUGCAAAAUGCAGUUCGAGAAUAUCCUCGAAUUUGAAAGGCACACCAAGCAGUGCAAUGAGCUGAACAAUGGGAACCAUGGCCUUAAGCUGGAACAGAUCAACAUAAAGAGCGAAAUCGAUAUGGAUGGCAGCUCUAAUCCGGGAAUUGCCCAGCACAUCACCAUACCUCACAGUCAAUCCCAGCCACAAAUGCACAUACCGUCGGCGAUACUGACUUCGGUGAUCUCAUCUGCUUCGACGAUAGGUAACGGUCAUACCUUAAGCACGAGCCACAUUCAUCAUCCUACAACCGGCCACCAGCAACAACACACUCCUCCAGCUGUGAUCACACAACAUCAACAGCAGCAACAACAACAGCAACAGCAGCAGCAACAACAACAACAACAGCAACAAUCGGCUGCUCACCAGCAACAACAUUCUCCAGUUGGUCAUCAACACCUUACGCUCCAGCAGCAGCACAAUUUACCCAUCCAUCUCCAGCAGCAACUCUCACAUCACCUGAUAUCCUCACACCUUCCGCACCAGGAUCACGUUACGGCAGACCUCCACCAUCAGGUAAACUUCCAUCAUCCACAUAUCUCCCACAUCCCAAACCUACCGCACAAGAUCCUAUCCCCAUUAUUCCACAUCCCCCCCUUCAACAACAACCACAGUACAUAAUGGAACGCACGGCGGGGAUCCCCACUGAGUGGGGAAUCCCCAGAACAGGCUAUAGCUAAGAGUCCUUCCGCGUCCGAUUCUGCUGCUGCUGACGACUCCGUUGAUUGUAGGACACCAACAACGCCACCUCAAUAAUGCUUGACCAUGAGCAGCAAACAGUAACUCUAAUCAAAACUAGAUACGACAGCCAAAAUGCAACGUUGAUGGCAGUACACUACUAUAAGAAUACUCAGAGAGUAUUACUGAUAAAAAAAAACACGGCAAUGAAUAUGUUGAAACAGUUCUACUAUUAUUAGGAUUCUAGUGAGUAAAAAAGGAAACUACUGCGAACGUUGCAGUAGAUUAACGCAAAGGCUUUCUCUAACUGAUUUUUUUUACUAUUGAAUAGUACGAAAGGCACAACACGGUUCAGUUGUUGAUGCAGUUGAAGUUGACUAGGAAUGUAAGGAACACAAAGAGGGAAUUCUGAUUGUUGAUAAGCAUAGCAUGUUACUUAUAUUUGCGUGGUAGUGGUCGUCCCGUGCGAACCCAUGUCACACUGUUUCGUUUUCUUCUUACAACACUACACUGUGUGUGCUGUAAAGGAUCGUGAAAGAUGAUUAGGCGCGCCCAUUUUUUGGGAGUGAGUCUCUGUUAUAGAAGCUGAUAUAUAGAUGGAAGUACGAAACAAAGAAGGAUCAUUAGUUAGAAUAUUGAAAAGUCGAUAAGGCGAAAAGAUGAGAGACCAAGAUAAUAAAGUGAAAGGAUUGUGAUUACGAAA